AUGUCGGCACCUGAUAACAAGUUUUCUGCUAUAUUAUCCAGCGUCAGGGAGCCUUUGCAUGCGAGCAGUCUUACUGCGAGUAAAUCACUUCAAUGCCAAAGACAACUGGUCGAGAAACAACAAGAAACUUCAGAGAGCAAGAGUGCUUGUUUGCCCAAGCCAUGCUUAGAAUCGCAACCAGCUCCUCCGGAAAUGAAUUCGUCAGCUGUAAAGGUACCAAGCGGACAGAUUGCAUGGCAUGAUAGCGAUAAAAAGGGUUCCUGCAUGAAUUCGCUGCCUGAUACUUCUAAUUCUGAAUUCUUCAUGCCGUUAGCCGACGAUAAAAGGUUUGAGGCCCCCUUAUCAACUAAUUAUAGCGUGAUUAUCUCCUAG